UAAGUAAUAAGCAGCUGGACUGAAUUCCUUUGUUCUCCAAUCUCUAUUUCUCUCUCUUCUUUUAGUUGGUGCUAUGUUAAUGAGAUAGGACACAAGCUGGUGACUUAUUCAUUCCUUUUGGCAUUUUAACAAGCUACGAAGAGAAGCUUCCUGUUAUUUCUUCCCAACUCACCAAAACACAUUCCCAAUCUCGGAACUUCUAUCUUCUCUCACUCAUACAGAGAGUUUUGUGUGUGAAUCUGAUCGAGAUAUUGAGACGGUGUCAUCUCACCUGCGAGAGUAAUUACUAGUUUUCAUUUACAGUGAUGAGCGGCGGAGCGUCGCCGUACCGGCGGCAUAAGAACGAUGUGGAGUUUGGCGGUGGUGGUGCAGGCAACCAGGAGGACAAUGAGUCGGUUUCGGAUCCUUUUGAUAUUGUUAGCACCAAAAGUGCCUCAGUUCAUAGCCUUAGAAGAUGGAGGCAAGCGGCUCUUGUGCUGAAUGCUUCGCGUAGAUUUCGAUACACAUUAGAUUUGAAAAGGGAGGAAGAGAAGAAACAAAUUAUAGCCAAGAUCAGGACCCAUGCACAAGUCAUACGAGCAGCCUACCUUUUCCAAGCUGCUGGAGCACAAUCAAAUGGGGCAGAGAAAGCACCUCCAACUCCUAUUCCUACGGGUGAUUAUAGUAUUAGCCCGGAUCAACUUGCUUCAAUGACUAGAGAUCAUGAUUUCUCCGCUUUGCAAAACUAUGGAGGGGUCAACGGAUUGUCAGAAAAGCUAAAGACAAAUCCAGAUAAGGGAAUUCAUGAUGAUGAGUCAAAUAUAUUGGAGAGGAAAAAUGUUUUUGGGUCAAACACAUACCCACGAAAAAAAGGAAGAAGCUUUUGGAGGUUUGUUCUUGAUGCUUGUCGAGAUACCACUUUGAUCAUUUUGAUGGUAGCUGCAGCUGCUUCUUUGGCAUUGGGUAUAAAGACAGAGGGGAUCAAAGAAGGAUGGUAUGAUGGUGGGAGUAUAGCUAUGGCUGUUAUCAUUGUUAUAGUUGUUACAGCUGUAAGUGAUUAUAAACAAUCACUUCAAUUUCAAAAUCUGAAUGAAGAGAAGCAGAAUAUACAAUUGGAGGUUGUAAGAGGCGGGAGAAGGCUUGAAAUUUCAAUCUUUGAUAUCGUUGUCGGUGAUGUAAUACCACUAAAAAUUGGUGAUCAGGUUCCUGCUGAUGGGAUUUUAAUAUCUGGCCACUCACUGGCUAUUGAUGAAUCUAGUAUGACUGGCGAGAGUAAAAUUGUUCAUAAAGAUCAAAAAUCACCAUUUUUAAUGUCGGGGUGCAAAGUUGCAGAUGGCUAUGGCACUAUGCUGGUCAUGAGCGUUGGAAUAAAUACAGAAUGGGGAUUACUUAUGGCUAGCAUCUCCGAAGAUAACGGGGAGGAAACACCAUUACAGGUGCGGUUGAAUGGAGUUGCCACUUUUAUUGGUAUAGUUGGGCUUGCGGUGGCUAUAGUUGUUCUCGUUGUUCUUCUAAUCAGGUAUUUUACCGGGAACACGUCGAAGAGUUCAGAUUAUCCUAAAUUUACUGCUGGAAAAACUAGUCUUAGUGAUGCUGUGGAUGCUGCAAUUAAAAUCUUCACUAUUGCAGUCACUAUUGUUGUUGUUGCGGUGCCUGAAGGGCUUCCCUUAGCUGUCACAUUAACUCUUGCAUACUCUAUGCGUAAAAUGAUGGCAGACAAGGCACUGGUUAGAAGACUUUCUGCUUGUGAGACAAUGGGUUCUGCUACUACAAUUUGCAGUGAUAAAACUGGAACAUUAACAUUAAACCUGAUGACCGUAUCUGAGGCCUAUAUCUGCGGGAAGAAAAUUGAUCCACCAGAUAACAAGUCAGAAUUAUCUUCUGGACUCGUUAAUCUUCUCAUUGAAGGCAUCGCUCAAAAUACAACUGGAAGUGUAUUUUUACCUGAGGGUGGUGGAAAAAUUGAAGUUUCUGGAUCUCCAACUGAGAAAGCUAUUCUUCAAUGGGGGGUUAAUCUUGGAAUGAAUUUUGACGUUGUGAGGUCACAGUCAACAAUAGUUCAUGCAUUCCCGUUCAACUCAGAGAAAAAACGAGGCGGAGUUGCUGUGAAAUUGUCCGAUUCUGAAGUUCAUAUACACUGGAAAGGAGCUGCUGAAAUUGUGUUAGCUGCAUGUACCAGCUACAUGGAUACCAAUGGGACUGUAGUCCCUUUGGAUAACAAUAAGGUGGAAAAUCUUCAAAAAGCAAUAGAAACAAUGGCUGCUGGAAGCCUGCGUUGUGUUGCAAUUGCUUACCGAACAAUGAAAGGUGAAAAUCUUCCGGUUACCGAAGAGGAAGUUGAGCAUUGGCAAAUGCCUGAGGAUGAUCUUGUUUUGCUAGCAAUAGUUGGUUUAAAGGAUCCAUGUAGGCCGAAUGUGAAAGAUGCAGUUGAAUUGUGCAAAAAGGCUGGUGUCAAGGUAAGAAUGGUGACGGGUGAUAAUCUUCAGACAGCAAGAGCAAUAGCACUUGAAUGUGGAAUAUUAGAAUCGAAUGCAGAUGCGAAGGAACCCAAUUUAAUCGAAGGGAAAACGUUUAGGGGAUUAUCAGAAGACCAAAGACUAGAAAUUGCUGACAAGAUAUCGGUGAUGGGGCGAUCUUCCCCUAAUGACAAAUUAUUACUCGUGCAAGCGUUAAGGAAGAACGGUCACGUUGUUGCUGUUACUGGUGAUGGGACAAACGAUGCCCCUGCGUUGCAUGAGGCUGAUAUUGGUCUAGCUAUGGGAAUCCAAGGAACUGAAGUUGCAAAAGAAAGCAGUGAUAUUAUCAUAUUAGAUGAUAAUUUUGCUUCAGUUGUCAAGGUGGUUCGAUGGGGGAGGUCUGUUUAUGCCAAUAUUCAAAAAUUCAUUCAGUUCCAGCUCACCGUAAAUGUCGCGGCCCUUGUGAUUAAUGUUGUUGCAGCCGUCUCUUCCGGUGAUGUCCCAUUGAAUGCCGUGCAGCUCCUGUGGGUGAAUCUUAUAAUGGACACACUCGGUGCACUUGCUCUAGCCACUGAACCACCCACCGAUCACCUCAUGGACCGAACCCCAGUUGGCAGAAGGGAACCUCUUAUAACAAACAUUAUGUGGAGGAAUUUGUUAAUUCAGGCUAUGUACCAAGUUACAGUUCUCCUCGUACUCAACUUUGAUGGCAAACGGAUUCUGAAUUUAGAGCACGAGGACAUUAAGGAGGCCGACAAAAAGAAGAACACACUCAUUUUCAAUGCUUUCGUCUUUUCUCAGAUAUUCAAUGAGUUUAAUGCUCGGAAGCCUGACGAGAUGAAUGUUUUUAAAGGAGUUACAAAAAACCGCCUUUUUAUGGGAAUUGUUGGCUUUACUAUUGGACUUCAAGUCAUUAUAAUCAUGUUCUUGGGGAAAUUCACGACGACCGUUAGGCUGAGUUGGCAAUAUUGGCUAAUCUCGAUUUUAGUUGGUCUAGUCAGUUGGCCUCUUGCGGUUGUUGGUAAACUGAUACCUGUUUCCGAGCGCCCCUUCAGUGAAUACUUCUAUAACUUGUACCAGUCAUGUAAGCCAUCUCGUCUUGGGAGAAAUCGAGGUUCAUCAAGAGGAAAUGUGGACGACACUUAGUAUUUUUUUAAGGUUUUCUUGUGUUUCGACCACAACUUUCUAACAUACCGUACUUACAAAUAUAGUUUGUAGUAGGGAGUGUUUUGCAACUAUUUGAUCUUCGGUAUGUCUCAUAUGACCUGGUUUUUUGUAUGUCGAAGUUGCACAUAAACGAUUAUACAUAUUUUAUAUCGACUUGUUUUAGACUUCCGUAA